AUGACUUCGGCCACACCCCCUUCCUCCCGUGGCUCCUGCCACCAGAAGGUGUGCCACUCACAGACACAGACUGACGUUAUGAAGCCGUUGCUGGGAGGGGCGCCUCCUGGGGGUCAUGGAAUAAUGCGUAAACGACGCCGCGUGCUGUCAAAGGAUGGGCGGAGCAACGUGCGUAUCGAGCACGUGAGUGGGCGGGGUGCUCUCUACUUACGAGACCCCUGGACCACUUUUGUAGACAUGCAGUGGAGGUAUAAGCUGAUCCUCUUCAGUGCUACGUUUGUAGGGACCUGGUUCACCUUUGGCCUCCUGUGGUACCUGCUUGCGUUACUUCAUGGAGACUUACUGGAGUUUGAUCCACCAGCAAAUCACACGGUGUGUGUGAUGCAGAUGCAGACUUUAACCGGGGCAUUCCUCUUUUCUUUGGAAACACAAACCACAAUUGGCUACGGCUUCCGAUGCAUUACAGAGGAGUGUCCUUCUGCUAUACUCCUCCUCAUCAUCCAACUGCUCAUCACCACAGCCAUGGAAAUCUUCAUCACUGGGACCUUCCUAGCUAAGGUAGCUCGGCCUAAGAAGCGCGGUGAGACGGUGAGGUUUAGUCAGCAUGCCGUGAUAGCCAAUCAUGAUGGCCGCCCUUGCCUCAUGAUCAGAGUCGCCAACAUGCGGAAGAGUCUGCUGCUGGGUUGCCAGGUGACAGGAAAGUUGCUCCAGCCUUGCAUGUCUAAGGAAGGGGAAACAGUUCGUUUGGACCAGAGGAAUGUAACUUUCAGUGUGGACACAGCUAGUGAGAGUCCUUUCCUCAUCCUUCCACUGACCUUUUACCACACCAUUGACAACGACAGUCCACUCCGAGCCUGGGCCGCCAAGGGUGGGGGUUGGACAGAUCCAGAGCUGGCUGAUUUUGAGUUGCUGGUGAUGAUGAGUUCUACAGUGGAGCCCACCUCUGCUACCUGCCAGGUUCGCACGUCCUACCUGCCAGAUGAGAUCCUCUGGGGUUACGAGUUCCCGCCCAUCGUCUCCCUCUCGCCAAUGGGAAAAUACAUUGCAGACCUCGCCUACUUUGAUAAGGUUGUGAAGACUAAGACUCCACCUCUUUUCAAAGAGGCUUCACCCCCUUGUCAACGUGGUUACCAUGGUAGUGAAAGGGGAAGUGUUGAGGGGGCAGACCCAGAGAAGAUGCUUUUGGAGCAAAGCUACAGAGAAAAAGGGGAAGAGAGAGGGAGAGUGAGAGAGAGCAGUCCCUUCAGCAUCCGCAUUAGUAAUGUUUAG